AUGGGUGUGUUAUCGUCCGUCAAUGUGCUGUUUGUGAGGAUCGCAUUUUUGUUCACGCUGUCGUACCUUGUUUUGAAGGAUGUUAACAUAAUAUUGGAGAAUUCGUACUUGGAAAUACUGUCGCAGUCUAUGAAUUUGCCAGCGAUAGCGAUGAACAAGUACAGUGCGCAGCUGGGGAUGGUUAGUAUGCUAUUUGUUACUUUGGCUUUGGGGGAUCUGGUCCCGCUGUUGGAAGAUAACAAGAUGUAUUUUGGGAGUGCUGUCCCCGUCAGGCUUUUGAUCUUCUUUGUGGUUACCGGGCUGUCCUACAUUUGGGAGGGGAACCUUUAUAUCCACAACAACGUCGUGUUUGCUUACAGUUUUGUCGAAGUUUGGCUUAACUUCAUCAUUUACAACUCUUUAAGGGAGGAGAAGAUGGAGACCUUCAAGGCGAAAAGUCAGGUCAUGGCUGCAAGUGAGCUGUUGGAUGAAGAUGAUGUUGUUGCUGCUGCUGCGGAUUAG